UUUUUCUUAAAAAAGGGAAUGGAAGAAAGAGAGGAAAAUCCACACGAACGGCUGAAGCAUAAGUUGAGUGAGCUUGAGAAAGUAUGGACCGCCAUGAAAGACUGCAAAAACACAUCCGCCGGUUCGUGUAUCACCGUGGAAGAAGCUCUUAAGUUCGUUGAAAGCUCUCCAAGGAAGCUGAUGAUCUCUCUUCAACACGAUCAAGAUGCAGGUCUAGAGGCAGAGAUGAGAUCACCCUAUAGGAGAAAACUCUUUCACGACUCUGACGAUGAUGAUGAUGAUGGUGAGACCAGAACGACAACGUUCUCUCAUUCCACUUGUUGGUCUUCGAAUGUGAUGAAAGCUAGAGAUAAUAGUAAUAAGAUGAACAAGAAGCAUGAGAAGAAGAAUAGAUGGAGUAUUGUCUGUGUUAGUGUGAUUGUUAUUUUCUUAUGGGUUUUGGUUGUGUUGAUCAACGGCUUUGUUGAUCAACUCUCCAUGAACGGGCAGAUCAAUACUUUGAUUCCUACCUGA